GUUAUGAAAAAAAUCUACCACAUAAUUUGUAGUUUGGUAGUCCUCCAGGCAGCCUUAGCUGAAGAGGACGCAAGUGAAGGGACACAAGUAACUCCCGGAAAUACAGAUGUUUGUCCAUACUGGGACUACACUUACCCAUACUCUAGUGGAGUAGACUCCGCAUGUUGGUUUUCUGUGUCAGCAUCAACCAAGGAAAGGUUUCUUCACGAAGUUGCACAGCACUCAUAUAGUCUUGUAAAUUUUGCGCUCCGCUUUGAGAACGUUCCCCGUCAUCAAAUCAAUGAAACAAAAUGUGUUAUACAAGGCAACAAAUGGACAUGGACAUUUCCUGGACCCAAAGGUUCGAGGCAAUACCUAAACUGGCCGUUAGGAUACCGGGUCUGGUCUCUUGGUCUCUUAGAUGUAUACGCUCUGGAAAAUUUUUCUGUUCCAUUAAGAGUUAAUGGAAACUGUCAAAUCCAAUAUGGCGCCAACGAGACAACACAGCGGAUUUCUUUAGCUCUAGCCAAUCUUACAGAUUAUCUUGUAUCUUAUACUAAAGAUGGCGAUGUUAACGACAUGGUGGAGAAUUAUAAUCAGAGCUACUGGUGUUACAGAGAACGCAUAUUCAUUAAGAGCCAUGCACUUUAUUUGCUCUGCCUCAAUGUCAUUUGUCCCCUGGAAGCAAUGGGUUAUCGAUGUUGUCGUUGGAAGUGGAAUUUCUUGGAGAAGACACGAAUCUUGGAGUGCUCUGGAACAUACCUGAAAUACAGAAAAAUCGGCUGGAAGUUACCAUUUGUUCUUGGUCUGGUUUUAUACAUGUAUUUUCCUCUUAUUCUAGUGUGGUUACUGAAAUACGUCCAUGAAAUCACACACAGUGGUAGAUCUAAUUAUCAUGAACUCCAAAACUUUCCAAGCAGUGAUAUGGAAAGUCAUAUUCGAUUAAUUGGAAAGAAGGAAAGUUGGAUUUUCUACAAUCCUAUACAUAUUGGAACCAUUGUGACGAGUAUUUUUAAAUAUUGUUGUGUAAAAUGCCCGAUUUGGACUUCCAGAAUUGUUAGAAUCACUUUCUUUUUCGUAAGUAUAUCAAUCAUCGCUCUGAAGGUACUGCUGCAUGGACUCAUGCAAUACAACGAUAUAGUUGCAAGUGUAAAAAAAGGUGUGCCCAAUGAUUUUCAGUCUAUGUUAGCGGGAUACGAGUUAAGCAGUAAAAAUUUUCUUCGAGUGUUCGGGGGACCUUUUCUAGCAUGUUUGCUAUAUGCCGUGUGUUUCAUAUUAAGUACAUGCGUUCCCUCCGAUUUGGCAACAUUUCUUGCAAAAGGAUUAGUUGAGAACAAAAAUAAAAUCACAUCUCCUCUGAAAGUUGAUGCAUUUGUUCGAGUGAAAUUUGGUGCCAUGAAAACAACGGAAUCUAUUAAUGGAUAUGAAAAAAUAUUCCGUUUCUUCUUAUCGCAAUUUUUUAUGGUUCUGAAUCCAUCUUUUUGGAAAUUUGCUGUAAUCACACAGAUCAGGCGCUGGAAUAAGUACAGUCUUAACGCAUGGAGGAAAUCAGCAUUUAUCGGAAGAAUAUUUCUUUUCAUAGCACCUCUGUAUGUUUUGUUUUCUGUUUUGGAACUAGCGUUAUGCCUUUUGCUUUAUGGAAUUCCAUUGAUUAGUUUCAUUAUGACAAUAGCACGCGCAUACGUUAUUGCACCUUGGCGGGAUCUAGAUAUCUGUGUCCCAUUAAAAAUCAUAUGCUGUCUUUUUGCGUUUUGUUUUGUGGCAUUUAGCAAUUACAUGUUCAGUAUAAUUUUUGUCGAUAGCUUCGUCUUCAUUUGUGGAGUGUUUGUGUAUACAUACACUGGACUAUUUGCCCAUCCAGAGGUAACGUACGGAUACCUUAUAUUUUCUUUUACGGUCCUUAUGUACAUGUUCGACAGUCUUAAUGACAUUUCUAAGGUUUACGAUAAUAUAUUCCUGCAUACCAGAAAAAUAUGCAAGAAAAUACACAAGUAUGGUCAAUAUCCAGACACAUCUUUGUUCAAAAGGGAGGAAGAAUGCAAAGGCAUCCCGAAAGAUCUUUUCUUUUUAAUUGUGAAGAAGUACAGACCAAUAAGACAGCAGAUUUUUAUCUCCUUGUUAAAACUCAGCGUUAUUGUUCUUAUUUUAUAUAUUUCUGUGGAUCUCUUAUUUGAAUUUUCCGCCUCUAAGAACUUAAGUAUACUUACACAAGCUGCAGCCACAAUUAUUGUAUGUCUUGUACCAAAGGUUUUAGGAGACUCGUGUUCCAUGUUUAAGAAACGAAGGCAUCACAGUCAGUCGCAGGAAAUCAAAAGAAUCAUACAUGCAUAUUGUCAUCCCUCCAGAGAGGUCGACGCACCAGGAGGUCCAUCAAAUUUAGAAGUUUUAUAGAUGGUGUUCCAUUUCUUCUCGGCAGCAAUUAUUACGCUAUAUACUGUAGUAUUAUGAAUUGUUCUUAUAGUUUAAUCCGUGAAAUUAAACCACAAAUUCAAUUUACUGGCAAAAAUCUCAUUAAACUCUCAAUUAAUAAAGA